CAGAAGAAGAACAUGCCGUCGCUAAGAGCGGGACUUCCGCGCUGCAUCGUGUCCCCUUGGCGAAUGUGCGCGGGUGUGAGUGUGAAGGCUUGAGUGUUUGUUUGUGUGUGUGUGUGUGUGUGUGUGUAUGUGUGAGUGACUACGGCUCAUACGGCAUAUCAGACUGGAGUCGGAGACUACUCUGUGUUUGGAAUCUCUGUCUUUGUGGAUGUGUAAGGGAGGAGGUGAAGUGACAAACGAGCGGCGUGCGUCCUCUGCGCGACUCGCAGCAUGGCAGCCCCUCUUCUGUCUCUCCCGUGCGCUCGUCUGCCCUUUCUCGUCUCCUCUUGUGCUCCGUCUAUCCGAAGCCUGCUGCACUGAGAGAGUUCGAGCAAGACAGAGAGAGACAGGGGAAGAGAGGGAGAAAGAGAGAGAGAGAGAGAGGACAUGCACCGGCCAGAGUGGCGCUCUCUACCUCAGCUCCGUCACUGACCCGCAUCUGGAGGAACCAUGGUGAGCAAAGAGGUCGGCAAAUGCAUGCUCACCAACUCUGAAUCGGACUCCGAGGCGGCACCCUCUAUGGCCCUGGAGGUGAAAGGACCAACGGACGGGAGCCGGCAGGUGCGCAAGCGCAACAAAGCUUUGCAGGUACGCUUCAAGGACAUCUGUGAGGCCCAGAGCGAGCAGGCGGCUGCGGCACGUGGAGCAAAGCCCGUUUCGUACAAAGUGGCAUACCGCAAGUACAUGACUGUUCCAGCCCGAAGAUCUAUACCCAACGUGACUAAAAGCACUGGAGUGCAGACCUCUCCGGACCUGAGGAAGCGCUACCAGACUUUCCCGCUAGAGAGAAAAAAGGGUCAAAGUGUAAAACAUGCAGCUACAACGGAGAGCUAUAAGGACCAGGAUAAUGGAUAUGUUAUUGAUGUAAAAAGGGCCAAAGCGGCUGAGGGGGGGAGGGAAGAGACGUCGUCUCGCACCGUACAAAAGACCAAAGCUUUGAUGCACACUAAUGAGUGCAUAGCCACCAUAGAGCACCACUUACACCCUGCAGAGUGUACAGACAGGACGCUGCUGCCCUGUCCCUCAGAGGACCAAUCAAAUUACCAGAUCUGUACAGUAAAGAGCAAACAUCGAAAGAGCUUCCAAAGGGACUCAGAGUCAUUGGACCGCUCAGGAAAAUGGCAAAUAAUGAAUUCUGAAGACAGAGAUGGCAGUACACUGCCAAACUCUAGCUCCAAAGUGACAAGCCCCAUAGCCUGGAACUCUUUAACACAGGUGGAGUGUCUGGAGAGUCCGACGGCACGCAGUAAGCGCAAAAAGGUUCUGCAGCUAAAUGGCCUGCAAUCACAGACACUGCCGAGGACUGGCUGCACCACACAAGUGCAGUGCCAUGCUGGAAUGAUCUCUGCCCGGCCCAUACAGGCGAUGGAGGAAGCGGUGGCGCCAUCGGUCGCUGCUACACCCGCUGCCGUUCUACCACCCACAUGUGAGGCUGGGACAGGAACCGUACCAGCUACAGGGAAUCUACAGGUGGACAGCGAGGCUUGUAAGCAGAUAGUGCCUGUGAAUCAGGAUAAGGAAGUAAAAGCACAGUUGCAAGCCAUGGAGAACAUGAUCAGCUCCAGUCAGGAAACCAUCAAAGUCCUGCUGGGAGUCAUUCAGGAGCUGGAAAAAGGAGAGGCUCUUAGAGAAGGUCUCUCCUAUCGGACCGGGCAGGACACGGCCAACUGCGACACAUGCCGGAACAGCGCAUGCAUUAUUUACAGUGUGGAGCUGGACUUCAAGCAGCAGGAGGACAAGCUGCAGCCGCUGAUGAGGAGGCUAUGCUCAGUGGAGGACUCGUCCUUCCCCUCGCUGCCUUACCCACAGGAGGCGUACACCUCCACGCCGAAACGCAAGGCCAAAGCCGAGGCGAAGAAACACACACGCUGGAAACUGUGGUUCCUCUGAACGCACCGCGCUGCAGGACAUGCGCGCACGUUUCCACAGUCAUAUUUCUCCUUUCCAGCUCUGUGUCUUUCUACACGUUCAUCAUAUUAUCACAAAGCAAAAAGAUAGAGAGGGGAAACAAAAAAGUUGGAUCCUGAACAUUGAACCUGGCUGGAGUCUGCUUCAAAUUAAAAAAUGGAAGUAUACUGGGAACUGGAUUUGCUCGUUUAGUUUCGGAAAAGCAGAAUAUCUUGGCCCAGAGUAUGAAACGUCUUUAUUUUCAAUUCUAUGAGGUGAGGAACUAGAUUGAAUUAAGCUGCUACAAAUUCCCACAUUUAAAUGUAUAUAGAAAUAUAUGAAAGCAAACUAUUAUUUAUUUGCACACAAGCAUAUCUGCUUAAGUUCCAAUAUCCACAUCCACAUCCACAUCCACACACACACACAGACACACUACAGGUUUAUUUACUAAUGGCUGACUGGCCUCUCAUCAUCAUUCAUAAAAAACAUAAUUAACUAAUUGAAUAAAAUAAUAACAAUAAUAAGGAAAGUCACAUUUUCCCUGAACUCUAAUAAGUUAUUAUUCCUCAUGAAUCUUAACAUGACUGGAGUAUCACCAAUAAGACAAAGCACAAGGACAUUACAGACUCUACUACAGAUGAAGUGGACUCAACACAUGGACUCGGAUUUACACUGACACUUAGACAAAAUGGAAAGACACUCAUCAAUUCUGCGGGGGGGGAAAGGCAAAGAAAAAUCUGCAGCUAUUUAUCAAAUUUCUAUAUUAUGUUUCAGGAGCUCUAGACAUCUCUUGUGAUGUUAAUUUAAAAAGAGAGAGGAAAAAAAAAAGAAGAAAAAAAAAAACAAGUACCAGAUAUUUUUAUAUAUUCGUAAUAUCAAGCAUUAAAUUCAGAUUUUUUCUAAUACAUAAUGUAUGACGUUAUAUCUUCCUUUACUGGAUUAUUAUAUUAUUCCUAUAAAAAAAAAGAAAAAGAAAAGAUGCAUCAGAAGGUUGGAAAGCCUGGCCUAUUUUUAAUUCCAUCUUCCCGUCCUCAAGUCCAUCGAGGAUCAGGGAACUGAGGAGCACUGUGCAGGAAACAACCUCAGAUCUUAAACAUGUUGGUUCACCUGGCACUUUGUGUCACAACGCUGGAUGGUGCUCGCCCGUGUGCUUGUUUGAGCUAAAAGGUAACGAGAAUAUUUCAGGAUAAUAUCAAAUGAUUAUUUUAUCCUUAACGAUGCCAAGCCACGCUUUCUUGACUCAAGACGUGCAUUUCUACACCUGGAAUGUAAAUACGUGCUUUCAUUUCGAAAAAAGAAAUAAAAAUUAUUUAUCUAACAUAACAUCAUUAGAGCAUUGUAGAACACUUACACGGAAAUGAACGAAUUUAAGAAACAGAACAUCUAAUCAGGGCUACUAGCAUCUCCAGGAACAGGAACACGGUUCAUCAGGGCAUUUUGGCCAAGGCAUCUUUGAAGCCAAAAACAGCAUGAUGAAGAAACGACGCAGCCAGAGUGCUUCAUAAGUGCAAAACGAUUCAUAUUUAAAUAAUGAACUCUUCAAGGUGGUUUGAUGCCGAGUUCUCUACAUUUCACACUAGACUAGAUAAACACACUUCUCUCACCAGUUAUCUUGUACAUCAAAGGAUCUGACAUUCGAGUAGUUCAGCUGUAGCGUAAAAGAGAGACCUAGAUGAUAUCUGUACCUUAAAG